CAAACUUAUGCUCAGUUUUUUUUAAGACUUAAACUUAAUGCUCACAAACUCACAGUUUCCAUUCCCUUCCUCCUGUUUCAAGCCAUUAAGCUCUCUUUCCGACAUGGCUACAAAACCAGCUGAAGAUACUCCACAGCCCCUGAAAUACCAGACAUGGGUCUUGAAAGUUUCAAUCCACUGCGAGGGCUGCAAGAAGAAAGUCAAGAAAGUUCUUAAAGGCAUUGAUGGUGUCUACACCGCCGUUGUAGAUUCACAGCAGCAUAAGGUUAUAGUGACUGGCAACGUUGAAGCAGAGACUCUUAUUAAGAAGCUGUAUAAAUCAGGAAAGCACGCCGAGCUCUGGCCACAAAUGCCUGAAACGAAGGAGAAAAAAAAGGAGAAACCCAAGAAAAAUGACAAAACAAAGGACGCCAAAGAGGGUCAGGAAGUUGGAGGGGAUGAUAAACAGGAUGUAUCUGAAAAGGCCCAAAACGCCAUUUCCAGUAACAAGCCACAGGAAAGUGUUGACAUAAAAGGUGGUGAAAGCGAGGAGGAAACUGGUGGCGGCGGCGGUGAUAGUGCUGGUGGCAAGAAGAAGAAGAAGAAAAAGAAGAAAGGACAAACGGGUAAUGGCGGGGGUGAAAAUGUUAGCGAAGGAACUGCAGCUGCUGGCCCAGAGUCAACCGGUUCUCCAAUGGCUACUCCCGAGCCGAUUCCAUCUAUGUCCAAGAUGAAUCUGGGAUCCCCGCAAGUGCGUCCUCCAAAUCACCAAGAAUAUCCCUAUCCACCGCCUAUGUAUUAUCCUCUUCCAACUCCAAUGUAUGGAGUAGUAAGUUACAAUACAGCAUAUCCUACUGCUAAUACAUCAUAUUAUGCCCCUGCUUUGCAUGCUUAUUCAUACUCUCAACCACCAAGAUACAUGCCAUUUCCACCUUCCGAUCCAAUCCAUAACGACAACGACGACGACGAUUAUGCUGUUGGAUGCUCUAUUAUGUGACUAAAUGUUGAGCGGUAUACAUAUAUAUUACUCAGUAAGUAGCAUAAAUGUAUUGAGAUGGAGAGGGAAAAAGGGUUGUUGUGGGAUUUGGAGGAUUUUGUUUUUAAUUUGGUUUGUUUUUAUUUAGCUUUGUUAAUUAAUCAAAGCGGUGAAGGAUAUCCUUGUAUUGAAUGUUAGUAUGCUUUAAGGUUUUGGUUGUUUGUUGCAGUUGUAGGUCUGAAAAAAUCUCACUUUUCAUCACUCUUAUGUGUAAAGCAAUGCUAUAUUUGUUAAUUGAUCAACUUUCUCUCUUA